GCCAAGAUGGCGGACGGCAUGGAGGUUGAUGUCGCUUCUGUUCUGUCGGCGGCAGAAAAAGAUGCAGAAGGGAAAUUUAAAUCUAUUGAUGUGAAGAAAGACAUAGAUCCAGAAUUAGAUGUUGGAAAUCUUUUGGCUAUCGAUCUUCAACCCAUUGAUUUACGUGAGUUAAGGUGAGUUUAAACACAUGUAUGAUGAGUGGUACACGUGCAAGGUAAGCAUUUACAAAUGAUUGUUGUUUAGACUGGCAAAGAAAAAAUAUUAUAACUAUGAAUGAGCAACAUUUACUUCAGAAUACAGAGCCAAAUUUUAAGGUCUUAAACAGAAGUGACUUGGUGGCUCGCUUGUCAUAAAGUCUAAGAGUGUUUUGAUAUGUACAGUAUGUGGUCCUUGGAACUCUAAAUUCGAGAUUUCUUAAUUUAAGAAAAAAAAUUAAAACAAAUCGUAUAAGGGUUUGUUCUUGUAAAUUGAAACUGCCUGUUUAAAUUACGGGAAAAAGAGUUCUUAUUCUAUGAUUUGUUUUAAAUUUUCGCAUAGGUCAUAGGUCAUGGACCAAGGACCACUUCUCAAAAUUUGGUGAUAUUUUUCAGGAGCUGAUAAAACAAAACAUUUGAAGUCUGCAGCAAUGUGCAUCCAAUGACAGAAAAAGGUUUAUCUGAAAAUCUGUUCUGCAAAAAGGCACGUCUUCCCGUUGCAUUUUAUUUAUUCACAAGCCAAGUAAACAUGACCAUGCAAUUUACGGUGUUAUGAAAGUCCAAUCUCCAAGAAAGGCAAAUUAACCUACCUGUCAACAAACUUUAAUUUCACGCCUCUACUCACACCAGGAAAGCCAAAACUUCGUCAUACGAAAGAAUAAUAAACAAUAAAUCAUCAUGCCUUUCAGUUUUCUCUGUAUUCUAUUUCUCGAUGAAAGAUUUAGUCAUGUUCUGAAAAGUCACGGACCAAGGACCUCAUGGGCCAAGAACCAUGUAAUUUAUUGUAGUUAGAUGUAGAUCAAGACAGUACAAAGAACAUUCAAUUUAUUGUCCUUUUGUUGUCGCUCAAAGAAAUCUAUCAUCCUUGUUUAUACUUUACUGUAUGUUGUAACUGGCCGUUAUUCAUGGAAACCUUUUUUCCCUUGUGUCUUUUUUAGGAAGAACAAGGAAGAUUUUCUGAGGAAUCUUGCCAGAGAUAAUGCACAGUUACUGUUUAAUGCCAUUUGGAAAGUAAGACUGAUAUUAUUGACAAUAAUAUUUUUGUAAUGUACACAUGUAGAGUUUUAUUGGUUUCUAUAUUUUCUUUGGUUGUCAGCACAAUGCUUCUUAUACUUAAUUGUUUAAUUAAUUAUUUUUUUUGAAGAACUUCAUCAGGCUAGAAAUACCAAAAAACUUAGAUUUCUUGAACAUAAUUUACCAAAAUUAGUUCUGAUGUUAAUAAGAAUGAUACAUGUAGCUGCCGUCUUUCUCAGUACUAAUGACAUGUUUAAUAUUUCAGCUGCCUAAUGAGAGAUCAGAUGGACUUGUUCUUGCCAAGGUGAAUUGUCCUGUAUACAGUUAUGAACUAAAAGUAACCUUUCACCCAGAUAGUCACUCUUAGGGCCUGUCAUGAUCACAUUUUCUGACGAGGAAUGGGUGGAUACAUAUAAGUCCUAUAAGAAUGUCUGCAUAGGACCUGUUACUAUUGAGGAAAAUUGGCAACCAAAAUAAGUUAAUUUCAUUGCCCUGUUUUCCUUCCACAGGUAUAGCUAAUGGCCAACCUCAAUCAACAUAAACAUAAACCUUAGUUAUAUAUUUAACAUGGUCAAAUGUGUAUAGCUUAAAAGCUACUUUACAGGCAAGCCAUGAAAAAUAAAAAUAAAACAAAUAAAAAAAAACAUGUGUAUUACCUAUAUAAAAAUAUAUUGAUAAUAUUUCACAAUUUUUGAAUUAAGCUGAGUAUCAUCUGAAGAAUUAUAGAGAUAGAGGAGGGUGUUAUCUAGUGAGGCCUACAUGUAUGGCCUUGUCAGAUAACAACCUCCCAGAAUGAUAAUUCCUAGUUAAAAGCAAGCUAAAAUAUUCUUACAGCUGUACCUCCAUAAGUUCAUCUUUGACAGUGCAUGUUUAUCAGCAAGUUUAGGAGAGACAUGUGAAGGGUUUUUUCGGGUCUGCAAAUAUUCUCCAAAUAGCAGAUGUCAUCUUUUGAGUUGUCUUCGUGCUCUUCUUGCUAUGUUUUUAACCAAUAGUUCCCCUGUUUAUUCCUCGUGAAACAAGUGAAAAUUUAUGUUCUGCCAUUUUGUAUUCACUACCAAAACAAGUAAACCUUGUCCCAGGUCUUCUCGGUUAAUCAUUCAAUAAUCUGGCAAUUUUGCUACUUGAUUGAUGUCAGAUGAUAAGAAAGAUGAAUUCAAUAAUUGUAUUAUUACUCAUUCAAAUAAAACCCAGUUUAAAAGCAAGCUACAGUAAAACAUGCUUACCUCCAUCAAUGUUAAGUUCAUCUUCAAUUGCCUGCUUAUCGGCAAGUUUAGGAGAGAAAGGGUUGUUCAGGACUGCAAAAUAGUAUUCUUCAAAUGGCAGAUGUUGUCCGUCAAUUUGUCUCCUUGCUGUUCUUGCUAUUUUUUUAGUCAAAAGUUUCGUCAUUGACCACCAAAACAGUCUCUCAACCUCCUGCCCAGGUCUUUCUGGUUAACUGUUCAGUUUUCUGGCAAUUAUGCUGCCCAAUAGACAUUCUUCCAAAUUUGUUCAACAGUUGCUGAUUAUGAUGAAUUACAUGUGUAAUAUUAGCCAAUCAGAAAUGGAGAAAUAAUCAUUUUGAAUGAAUAAUAAUUAUUAUUUUUAAGGAGAAGUGAAUAAAUGAUUGUCCUUAAUUAUUGAAUGAUUGAAAUGAUUCUUAUUUUGUGUCUUUGAUGUUUCUCUCCAGUUGCCUGAACCCAGCACUGUUAUUCCGAGAGAGAAACCGGUAGGUGCAUCCACACAGUAUCAGGCCUGGUAAUAAGGGCUCUGGGUUGACAGCUUUGCUAACAAAGAUUUUUUUAUUUUUUUCGAUUAAGUUUUACUAGUAAUGAAUACAUGUAUUUUAUAAUUGUUGGUAGUUUUAAACAUUGAAAAUCACAAUGUGGAAAAAUGCAAACACGAAUCUGUCACUUUUACCAUGUAAACAUUUGCUUAAAAUGUCACAAAUUUGCAUAAUUUCAAAAUGAAUGGCAUUUUUAAAAUGUCAUCUUAUAGUAAUUUCACUGCAACCUUUGCUUGCUUUUAAAAUCUUGGCAAGAAAUUACAAUAGUCCCAGAACCAUAUCUGUGAAAGUUUAAACUGUGCCUGUGGUUGCCAAACCAAUCUUACAUGUACGUGCUAUUAAAAGCACUUAUACAUGUACAAGUCGCUACCCAACAUGACUGUCUUGAAGAAGGAUUUUGUUUGCAAGCACAUGGUUUUUGUACAGACUAUUCAUUGCCAGUAAGCUCAUGUCCUCUCAGAGAACUAGUUUUUUAUCUUGAGUGAAGGGUAACAAGGGAUCAAACUAGCCAAGUAUGCCAAAAUACAGCAAGCAAAAUAAAUUAGUGCUCCUGAAAAAGCAAAUUUUUUUAAACACAUUAUUUAUUAUUAAGGCUAUUUAAAGGAGUGCCUUUGCCUGCCAAAAAUUAAUGUGAAGAAAUCCUUUCUGCGUACACAAUAGAACACAAACAUUAAUACACAUUCACCNUGACUGUCUUGAAGAAGGAUUUUGUUUGCAAGCACAUGGUUUUUGUACAGACUAUUCAUUGCCAGUAAGCUCAUGUCCUCUCAGAGAACUAGUUUUUUAUCUUGAGUGAAGGGUAACAAGGGAUCAAACUAGCAUGCCAAGUAUGCCAAAAUACAGCAAGCAAAAUAAAUUAGUGCUCCUGAAAAAGCAAAUUUUUUUAAACACAUUAUUUAUUAUUAAGGCUAUUUAAAGGAGUGCCUUUGCCUGCCAAAAAUUAAUGUGAAGAAAUCCUUUCUGCGUACCCAAUAGAACACAAACAUUAAUACACAUUCACCUUUAGGUUCUACACAAUAUUGAUGGCCUUCAUUACUUUUUAGCUACAUUGUCUGAUACUAUUUACUCAGAAAUAUCUGCUUGUCGUUAACCAUUAUUUGCACCUUUGUAAUGCAGAUUCCUAAACCAAAGUUGCCAACAAAAUGGGAGGAGUAUGCCAAACAAAAGGUACAAAAACUCAAGUUCUAAUCCACCUGUUAUUGUAUUAUGUAGUGGUUUAAUUUUAUCCAUGGUUUAAAUGUUAUUUUCCUUUGUUUUAGGGAAUGGCAUAUGGGUUUGAAACAAUGAAAAUAACAUUAAGCCAGGGAUAAAAUUGAACCACAGCAGAUAUACACAGUGACUAUUGUUUCUGGUUAAUGAGUAAACUUGCAGACACUUACAAUUUUUUUCGCAGUGAAGGUGAAAAAUCUUUCUUACAUUUUAAUCUACAGUGUACUGUAACAAUUUCGUGACAUCUUCAGAAAAUAAUCCGUGGUUAGUAGAGUUUUAAAAUGGCUAUUAUUUUUUAUAUUUCUGUUUGCUCCACAGGGUAUCAAAAGAAGGAAGCGAGAAAGAAUGGUUUUUGAUAAAAAUACUCAGGUUUGUACAAUUACUUGCUUGUACAAUCAUGUAGAUUAUAACUUGUUAAGAGCUGAUAUUGCUAUAAUUUAUUCCUGGGGUUCUAUUAUCAUAAUUAUUUUAUUUAUGAAAGAGCUAAUCUUUAAGCCAUUGUGAAAUAUUGUAAUUAAAAAAUGAAUUUUUAGGUCAAAAUUGAUCCUUUAUAGAAAUAAAUAUUAAUUUUGUUGCUGUCUGUGACUCAUCCAAAAGACAAUUUCCCUAUUUAAGUAUGAGAUUUUUUUCCCUUAGAGUACAAGAAUGCAGUGUGACAACUUUUAAGUACAUUUUACAUGUAGGUGUAUUGUGUCUCAAUUUGCUUCAAAUGGUUAUAUCUUGAUUAGGAGUGGAAGCCUCGUUAUGGGUACAAGAGAGGAAAUGAUAACUCUCAGGAUUGGCUUUUGGAAGUUCCUCAAAAUUCAGGUACAGUGCCUCUUGUUUACUUUUGCUCAGUAGACAUUUCUUAGUUUUCUUGUGGCCCUUGCCAGUUACAAUGUGGAUGUUACAUGUACCUCUCUUUGUGACAAUGAAGUGUCAGGACACUCUACUGCUGUGUUGAUGACACCAUUCUUCAUGUAUUUCAGGUGCACUCGCACCAGUUUGACGAGUCUGUCCCAUUACUGUCUAUUAGCCAUUAAAGAUGAAAGUUGCUGCCUUGUAAGACUGGUGUUACUGUCUUUGUGUAGCUGAGCAAAGAAGAUUGUUGUUGGGCACUCCCUUGAGCAUCUUCCAUGUUUUGGUUCCCAAAGAAGUACAGUAAUUGGUUUAGAAACUGUCUCAUUCUUACUUCUUCAACAAUUGCCACUAAAUCGCAGGCAGCAUAUCUGGGGACUUGUCCAUGAAGAGCUCUUAGUUAGAUAUAUAUGUGCUUUUUCCAGCAGCACAUACCAGCCUUCUGUAGCAGCCAUCAAGUUGUUUUCCAAUGCAGUGGUCAAUGUCCAACUCUCCGACUCAUACAAUACAUGUAGCACACACCACAAAGAUGAUUAUCCUUGUUAUUUUUGUCUAGAUCCCUAUGAGGACCAGUUUGAGAAAAAAAUUCAAGCAAAGAAAGAGAGAAUUGCUAAAAAUGAAUAUCAGAGAUUAAGAAACAUAGCAAAAAAUAAGAAGAUUCCAGGUGAGGAGGUUACAUAAUCAUUUAUGUUGUCAAAAUCUUGUAGCACUAUAGUCAUUAGCUACACUGUACAUGUAUAGUCUUAUUGUAUUCUUGCAGUUUUGGUAAUUCCUAUGGCUGCUGUGACAUCAUGUGAAAACACUCUAUAGGCCAUUUUACAAUGACGCUAGAGUUGGCCUUGUUUUGAUACAACCCUCACAGCUUUCUUAUGUAAAUGAAAAUCAUGAUGUUCUUUGCUAACUAGUGUUUUUCAAGCAUAAUAAAGUAUUUCUAUUAGAAAACAAAGGAGGUUCAUAUCAAAACAAGGUCAACCUCAGCCUCACAUGUAGCCAAAGGUUUAGGGUACUAAACCCACAACUGUAAAAUGGUGCAUUAUUCAUGCAACAGCUACACAGUACUUCUACAAACGUAUGAAUUAGUAUGAAUAACACGUGCUAAUGGUGUUAAGGAUGUUAUACCUGGCAUAAGUACCACAAGUGAUAUUUCAAAAUUGUCUCAAAUUUCACUCGCCUAACAGCUCGUGAAAUUACGCAUAACAAUUUUGAAAUAUCACUUGUGGAAUUUAUGCCAAAUAUCACUACUAAUCAUGCUAUUACCUAUACAAAAACUUGCUUUGUUCUCUUUUUUUUUUCAGUUCCUAAUAAAAACCUGGAGCCAUCAUCUAGACGACAAAGCAAGGACCAGGUAUAGACAGGCUUUGCUGGCUUUGUUGGCAUGUAAUAAAAUUUUGUGCUUUUUAAUAUUAAUUUAUAUCUGCCUCAGGCUGUUUAUGCAUGAUACAAAUUAAUUUUUUAUUGUAAAAUUAAUUCAACUUAGAAGUUUUAGCCCGAGACAAAUAAACGUAGAUGGUUUGUAGCUGUUUUCUGUUGGGAAGUGCACAUGAUCUUGUGGUUUGUUCAAAUUGGCCCCCGUUUUAGUUCUGGUCUAAAUAAUAACUCCUCUUAAAAUUAUUCUACAUAGGUGACUGCAAAGUUGAAUAUCAGCAGACUGUCAACUGCGUCUCUCGGAAAAUUUACUGAAAAGCUGGUAAGAAUUUUGAACUGUUUCAACAAGACAUUUGAGACUGUUGCAGGUGUUUAAAUGGUGGAGAUUGGUUGUACACGUGUUGUUCCUGACCACUACAUGUAUUUCAGUGUUUCCCUUCUUCUCUUCUUCAUGCAGUCCCUAGUACAUGGACACGUACCUAAACACUUGAAUCAGUCUACAACCUUUUGUAUCUGUUUUCUAGAAAGAAUUCUAGAACUCAUUUACAGAUGUACAAGUGUAGUUUCUCAGAUCUAUGUAUGAUCACGCUGGUAAUUCUCUAGUGAAAUAGCAAAUUUUGAUGCAGUCAAAAUUGAUUGAGCUUAGUGUAGAGCACUAAAAAGACAAACGAGCUCUAUUAAAGGUGCGGUAAAGAAGUAAACUGAAGUGUACAUUUCCGUACUUGAUUGUUGUGUGUUUUGACUUCAGCCGAAAGAAAAGAUACAAAGGAAAACUGGCAAGAAGCGAAAGGUAGGGUGGAUUAAUUAUUAUGCGGAGCGUAGCAGUUUUUGUCUCAUUAACUUUAAAUUGGUAUGUUUUCCAUAACCUUGAAUGUUAUUUGACUCAUGGGUUCACAAAGUAUACUGUACUCGGACCACCCACGUUCGAACCUGUCUUGUAACAAAAAAAGCGUGCGAAGUUUUUUUUUUUUCGUGUUUAGUAAAACAGGCAACAUCGCUAUUCAACUCGUUGUGCAGCAAUGUUGCAAAACAAGUUGCACGUUUUUUGUUGCCCGUUUUACCAUCGGAAUCCACUCUUGCUGAUUGGUCUCUAGUCUCUCAAAAAGCUACUAAAACUGAGGUCUUUUUCUAUACCCGAGAAAUCCCCGAGGUCUGAUUUGAAACUAGUAUUUGUCUUUUUUUCUUGGCAUCUGUUCAGGUAUUUUCUACUUAAUUACUGAUAAUUCAUUGUAGUUUGAACCAGUUGUGGGCGACAUGUCGAGUGAACGAAGCCGAAGUAUGGAGUUGGCUGAGAAAAUUGCCAGGAAAGAACCUUUAGACAUUAAUAAGGUACUUUAAUACUGUAUCCAUGUGUUGUUAUCUUUUUUGCGACUUUAAAAACGAGAGGGAAACUGGACCGAGUACUUGUUGUGUACGCGUUCGCAAAGACUUGUGGGAUCGUUACUGGAGACGCGCAUUAAGCUAUAUGCCAAUCUUAAUAACAGUGCCAGAAGAGCCAGAAGUCUUUGCAAAGGUUAACCCGGCCCAGUUCUAAAGUGGUGACGAAUAAGUGUACUUACAUGUACAUCUUGCUUGCUUACUCUUUUGGGUACUAAUUGUGUGCCGGUUUUCUGACUUUAUGCCAAGUUCAUUCACUGACAUUUUAUGUCUUUUUCAGGCCGUAAGUCAGCACAUCACGGAAACACAGAAAAGGUAAUUCUUUCAAGUCCCUACAGCUUCAUAAAUUCUGAUUUUUUUUCUCGAGCUUUUAGCCAACGUCGAGACAAGGCUUGCGCGGGCGUAAGUUUUCUGUCGCUUCUAACGCUGCGCGCUCCACCUGAAAGGACGUGUGGGUAUUAAAAAUGUAUGUUUUUAGACCACUUUCACUCUUAGAUGAUUUGUUACUCUCACUUGAAAAUCUGUUGACGACAUCCUAUGGUGCCACUAGUCAUAUGAAACCUCUGGCAGAACUUUUGCAUGGUGCAGCUACAGUGGAAGGUCUCGUAAGCGUACACCCUCAGGACGCGACGCCAGAAAAACGUCCGUUACUGGAGCUGGCUAUAAAUAAAAGACCAGAAAUGCAAAAAACUGUUUGUUAGUGUUCGGUUAUGCUGUUGUUCUGACAAUGUUGUAAUUCAGUCACAAACAUAAAUUUCAUUUCAGAUUUUCGCUCACUCGUAAACCCUGAAAUUACCCGCGGCCGCCUACGGGAAUUGUCUGCUCACGGGAAUGUAAAAAUACACACGGUUUGUAUGGGAGUUUAAACGGGGUUUCGUGAAGGCGGUCGUCAGUAGAGCUGUCCGCUCACGAGAGUGUCCAAUAAGAUAGCUUCCACUGUAAAUUCUUUGGAUUCUACAGAAAGAAGUUUGGAUUUUUUAAUUUUUUUUUUUUUACAUUGGCCACUGUUAGGAAUGAAAGAGUACAUUCAAGUCAAGGGGAAAGGGAUAAAAGUUUCUCUGAAUGAGGUGAUUUACUCAUCCUACGUCUGUAUAGUCUGCGAGCAAGCUCUCCAUGUUGAAUGGAGUGGCGAGCAAGAGGCGCUUUCGUGUGCCCCUCGCGUGUGACUUUUUACGGUAAUUAUCCUGCAGCUGAAGGCUUCUGUCUGCUCAUUCAGUGACUUACUCACUGACGCCGGCUACAGGGCGUGGUGUGGACCGCCAUACUGCCUAAAACGAGCGCUUUACACUAAGGAGACUUGUGUAAUCCAACCUUUUGUUCAGAUUUUCUUCUCCAUUUUUAUUUAUUAUUAUUUUAUAUAAUUUUAUUAAUACUGUUGCUUUUCAAACAUUUUCAGAUCGAGUGGAUCCAAAAAGAAAGGAAGUGUUAAAGGGAAAAAAGGAAAAGGAAAAAUAGGCGGAAAUACGAAAAACAAGACUGGAAAAACAGGAAGAAAAUCAGGAAAGAAGAAGACGAAGAUCUAAAAUGGAAAUGUGUGGCAACGAGAUUCGCUCUAAAUAAUUUGUUACAGAAAAAAGAGGGAAACGAAGGAUUACUUCAAGGUCGUGUUUAGCCCACCACCGAAUGGUGGCCUCGGAUUCGGU